AUGAAUUGGAUUUUGAAUUUGUUGCCCAGAAGGGGUCCGGAUAUAGAUCAGGAUUUCCCAGAUGAACGAGAACUUAAGUUAAAAAUCAGAGUCAUAAAUUAUGAAAAUAAAGAAUUAUGUCCUCCUUUCCAACGGAUAUUACCUAACGAUAAUCUUGACAAAAUCCGAAAUCAGCUAAAGAAUAUUAAUGAUCAAAGAGAUUUUCGUAUGGGAACAGAUCAUUAUUUUUAUGGCAAGCUUGGAAAAAUUUUACACGAUGAAGAAGCUAGAAUUAAUUUGAAAGAAAUUAUCCGUGAGGGAAAUGUAUUAAAUAUCCUCCAACCAGGUGUUGAUUGGCAAAAAUUGAUCGAUAAGUGUGAUCAUGGAUUUAUAAUUAAAAAUGACAACGUGGAAGAAGCAGAACUCAAAGCUUUUAAAAUAAAUAAAGAUAAAAUUGGACUAGAUUCGAAAAAGAAUUUAAAUGGGAAAGAUUUUCGGCAAGAAAAAUGUAAAAAUAAAUUUGAAGAAUUAUGUAAACGAAAUUUUAUAGCAGGCGGGCAAUUUUCUGCCAUUUCACCCUGGCUGACACUAUUUCUCGGAGUGUCUAAACUAGAUAAAUCCAAAAUUUCAGAAGAAAUAUCUACCGAAUAUUCAUAUACAGUGCUAAAAAAAGCCGAGCUUAUUAUACCAAAAUCGAGUAUUACAUUAACUGAAGAAUUCAAAAGUGAAGUUGAAAACGCAUUGUCAAAAGAAACAACUAACGAUAAAAUAGAUGAACUUCGUAAGGUAUCAAAAAAAUAUGGACAUUUUUAUGCUCGACGUAUAGUUUUUGGUGGUGCCAUUAUUGAAGAGCUCAUAAAUACCGAAACUUCUAGUUUAAAAAAUGAAUUCAAUGGAAUUAUUUCAAAAGCAAGUGCCAAUAAAAUAGCAGGUGUAUCUAUUUCUCAAGAAGCUGAUAACAAAACGAAACAUUCAGUAAAUAAAAAAGAAAGUUUCAUUCGCAUUAUCGGUGGAAAACGUGCAUAUCAUGACAUAAAAAUUAAUAAAAAGCCAUGGUUUGAUUCACUUGAAGAUUUUGAAACUUGGGAAAUAAUUGAAUAUGAUGAAGUUUGUCCAAUAUUUGAAUUAUUAGAUGGUGAACUGCGAAAAAAAGUUUUAAUUGCUUUAGGUCAGAGAAUUUUAGCAG